AUGCUUGACGACAGAGUAAAUUUUUCGCGUGUUGUGUAUGCCUCCUAUAUUGCAGACAGCAAGGAGGCAACCCAGAAACUCUUGCCCGGCGUCACCGCUCCAUCUGGCUUCCAGUAUGUUGCAUUCGUCCAGGCACUUAACGAUCAGGAUGACAGCCCUGUGUCCUUGGCCUUUAAUGAGAAGGGCGAACAGAUCGACGGCAAGUCUAUUUUGGAGAGAUUCCAUCAGGGCCAAUUUGCGAAGUUUGGACGUCUUCAUGAAAUCCUCCGCCGUAAAAUUACAAAUAUCCGCGCAAGUCAGGACAUUAACGUUGCUGUUUGGCCUGAGUUUGAACUUGACCUCACUGGAUACGACAAACCGAAUGAAGGGGAGAUCAGAGAGCCUCCAGCAGCUGCACGCGCGCUCAUUGCCGACGCUGUGAACGUUAGAUCUGCCAUAGUCAAGGCUAUGAAGGAUCUCGGCGUCAUGGUGAAAGAGACCCCGCCAGAACAAUUGUUCAUAUAUGUCUCACCCAAUGUUUCUCAGCUCCCUAAUAUUGAGCAGAUUCAUGGUGUUGGUCAGAUAGUCUUUGACGACCGCACCGGGGUUAACGACCUUGCCGACUCGGAAGCAAUAGGACGCGCAGCUCAAGCGCAAGCCCUCGGAUAUACCGGACAGGGAGUCCGUGUUGGUGUCUUUGAAGCCGGACCAUCCGAUCUCACAUGCCUUACAUUUGACGGCAGAUAUACAGAGAACCCUGAAGGGAAUGACCACGCACGACUGACUAGCGCCGUUAUCAAGAACGCUGAGCCAGGGAAGCCGCAUGGCUACGCCCGUUACUGCUCCCUUUAUUCCGCAAACAGCUAUGAUAAUGAUGCAUUGCAAUGGGCCGUUACUUCACCACAAAACUGCACCGUCAUUAACCAAAGUUUCCACCGGCCCAAUGAGCAAAGCAGCGCAAAUCUAUCCUUUGAUGACAUUCUAAAAGACCACCUCGCCACACAAUGGCCUUUCCCUACAAUCGUGCAAUCUGCAGGGAAUGUCAGCCAGGCGUCCCAGUAUGUCAGUCCGAAGGGGUUCAACACCAUCAGCGACGGAAGCCACAACGAUACCGCGACUGCGAUGGCUGGCAGCUCAGCGUUCAAAAACCCAGUCUCUCCCGACCGGGACCGCGAGCUUCCUGAGUUGGCUCCCAAUGGUACCAGCAUUACUGCUGUGGGAUUGACCAUGUCGGGCACUAGCUUCGCAGCCUCGGCUGUGGCUGGUACAGCCGCUCUGCUUCAGGACGUCAGCUCGACAUUGAAGUCAUGGCCCGAGGGAUGCAAAGCUAUCCUCCUGGCCAGCGCUGGUCCCACUGUCACCGGUGACACUUGGGCUGAAGAUAAUAUCCAGGGUAUUGAUCAGUCGGAUGGGUCUGGUGCUCUGAAUGCCGAGAUAGGUGUCUUAAUUGCACAGCAACGCCGAGGGAGAAAUUUGCCACCGAUUCCACGUGGCUGGGAUGUCGGUUCCUUACAGGAUGCCGAUUUUGGUAAUCGGUCUCUGUCCAAAUUCAUCUACAAAGUGCAGGCCCCUGAUCCUAUCCCUGCCAUUUCCAGAAACGUUUAUACAGUCAAGGUGGCUCUAGCUUGGGAUGCCAAAUUGCCAUCUAACAUUACCAAAAUGCAGAGACCAACAACAACAUUCCUCCUGGUCAUCUAUAAAAGCAGCGGCGGCCGUCCUGUUCGGUACUCCGGCUCGUUCGAUAACAAUUAUGAGAUUGUCGAAUUUAUCGCCAUUCCAGGAGAAGAGUACCAUAUCUAUAUCGCUCGAGCUUCCGGUUCCGGAACCGUGUCGUAUGGACUGGCUUGGAACGUCUCGUCACUGGCAGAGAUAUGUCCUGUCAUUAUCCCUGGGAUGGAAUGA